AUGACGUCGCCUACAAAUACCAAAAAAUUGCUCCUUUAUGAGGUCCGGCCCAAAAGUCGUGACCAUCCUGGGGUUCCACCAUUUACAAAUACUGCGUUUUCAUGUCGAGAAUUGAAACCGGGCCACCCGGGAGUUGAGUCUACUCCUGCGGCACCACGUGGAGAGAAAUACACUUCCGAAGAAGAGAAUAAGAAUUCUUGUACAAAAUACGAAAGUUGUGGUCAAUGUAUUUCAUCAAAUGUCAACUGCACGUGGUGUUCUCUUAACUUGAAUAUAAAAUUAUGCAACACCCGUGAAGCCCACAUUGCAAAUGGAUGUGAUAAGACUCAUAUUGUUGAUCCAAAGUCAGAAGUUGUCAUUGCUAAGAAUCAACCCACGGCAGAUGGACAAAAUGCGAUCCAGAUUCAGCCCCAGAAGAUCAAGUUACGAGUACGGCCUCAUGAGACCGUGGAGAUACCAUUCCAUUUCUACUUUGCCAAAGACAGUCCAGUGGACCUCUACUUCCUCAUGGACCUAUCCUAUACCAUGGCGAAAUACAUCAACCAGUUGGCCAAUGUCUCACUUGCACUCGUGAAUGACAUUCAAAAACUGACGGGUAAGCUGAAUGUUGGCAUCGGAUCCUUCAUAGACAAAGUGCUCCUACCUUAUACAGACACAAGCAAACAAGCUCGUAUAAAUCCUUGCUUCUCUCAAAACUUAAAAUGUGAAAGCCCAUAUAACUUUAAACAAGUUGUGAAGUUGACUGGCCAGUUUCAAGCUUUCAGUGACAAAGUCAGCCAGCUGCAGAAUUUAUCUUCUGCCAAUCUGGACAACCCCGAAGCAGGAUUAGAAGCCAUGAUGCAGACUAUUGUCUGUGGACUGGGUGGUCUUGUCUUACCCAACGAUGGACUGUGCCAUUUAACGAAUAACAAGUACACCAAAGCAGAAGCUCAGGAUUAUCCCUCAGUCGGACAUCUUGCUGAAGUGAUUGAACAGAAUAAAGUGACUGUCAUCUUUGCUGUGGCUGGCAAGAACCAGUUGAAUCUCUACAAGAAACUGCAAAGCAGCCUGUCUGGUGCCUAUGUUAGUAAGUUGGACAGUAAGGAUUACACAAUUGCUGAUAUUGUCAAAGACAACUAUGCUGUGAGUUGCCCAGCUUUACCAUUUCCCUCUUUAACAUAA